AUGAGCGAUACUGAAUUCGAAGAAAAUGAAACAAAUAUUGACGAAACAGAGGAAGAUUAUAAUGAAGAUGAUGAAAAUUUAAUGUCCGACCAUAAAGAAUUUUUAUUAUUAAAUGAUCCCACAAAAUAUGUAUAUAUGAGAAGAGUUGUACAAAGACCUUAUGCAAAGAAAAAUGAAAUUUAUUUAUCAAAUAAUGGCAAAUUUUUAUAUUAUGUAAAAAGAGCAAAAAAUUUAUUAUUUAAUCAAAGGGAAAAAGAAAUUAUAAUUCAUGGAUUAGGUGCAGCAAUUUCAUUAGCAGUUGAAUUAUCAUUAUAUUUACAAAAAGAUAUUGAAGGAUUAACAUUAUCAACAACAACAUCAUCAGAAGAAAUCAUUGAUCAAUAUGAUCCACUCGUUAAUGAUUUAGAACCAGUUUUAAAAAUUAGACAUGCAUCAGCUAUUCAUAUUAAAAUUAUUAAUGACGGUUCUUCAACAAAUCCAAAUACAACAAACUCUACAACUACUACUACCACUACAACUUUAACUCCAAUCAAUUUUAGAACAACUAGCAAGAAAUCAAAUUCACAAUCAAAAGAAAAUAAAAAAUUAUUAAAGAGACAAGAAUUAGAUAAAAAAGUUGAACAAGCUAAAUCACAACAAAAACAACAAAGAGAACAACAACAAUUAAAAGUUCAAGAAACAUGUUAA